CCGAUCGCCAUGGUCGCCAGCGGCAGCAACGGCGAGAACCACCAGCGCAACAUGCAGCACGAGGUCAGAGACAUGAUCUCGACGCUCACCAAUCGCCUGAUGGCGCUCGGUCGGUCCACGGCGCGCUCCGAAGCAAAGAGCCAGGAGGCCGGUGACGCCGCCGACCACGGCCUCAGGGUCGUCACGCUGGCCGGCGACAACAAGGGAGCGUCCAUGAAGGCGGACAUGGAGGAAUUGAUGGACACCCAUGGGGGGGUGUAUGACGACGACAGCGGCAUGUGCACCCACGCCAACAGCAACUUCCAGGCCGUGAACAACUCGAUUGUUCUUGGUGGGAGCUGCUCCGCGGAGGAUCCAGGUGUCCAUCUGGUCAUAUCAGAGUACUCAGAGGACGAGGAAGAUGACGAGGAUGAUGAUGACGAGGAUGAACAUGAGAAGCACGGGAAGGAGGAGGGCAAAGACAAGGAGGAGAAGAAGGAAAAGAAGAAAAAAGAAAAAGAUGAGAAGAAGAAGAAGAAGAACAAGGAAAAGGAUGAGAAGAAGCAGCAGGAGAAGAGCAAAGAUAGCACCAAAAAAGAGUUGGAAGUCGAGUAGGGAGAGUGGGAAAAAGGCAAUAACAGUUAGGAGGUUGGGAGAACAAUAAUUCUUCUACUCACAACGUUGAUGCUUGAUAUGUCAAAAAGAAGAGUCAAUAAAAAGGCCAUGAAUUUGCCCCAUAUAUAACAAUGAAAACAAUUUCCUACCAAGAUGAUGUACAAGUAGAUUAUUUUGAAUCACCAAUAAGACUACAGCAUUUUGAUAUGAA